ACCACGUACCUAAACCUCUACUGGGUGCAAUCCACCACUCGCUUCUCGAGGCCCUUAAGCAAUAUAAAAACCUCCCCAACCCCAUCACUUUAAUCACCAAAUUCCUCCAUCACUAGUCUCAUCUUCUUCAGGCAUUUCUAUUCAACUUUGUUUUCUUAAGAAGAUCAAAUAGAGAAAGAUGAGCAGGCCGGGAGAUUGGAACUGUAGGUCAUGCCACCAUCUCAACUUCCAAAGGAGGGACUCGUGCCAGAGGUGUGGGGAGGCAAAAAGUGGGGAGAGAGUUGAGUAUGGAAGUUUUGGUGGUGGAAGAGGUGGAGGUGGCGGUGGUUCGUUUGGAUUCACCACUGGUCCAGAUGUCCGCCCCGGCGACUGGUACUGCACCAUUGGCAACUGUGGAGCUCACAACUUUGCCAGCCGCUCCAGUUGCUUCAAGUGUGGUGCGUCUAAGGACGAAUUGUCAAGUGGCGGGGGCGGUGGUUUUGAGGGUGACAUGCCUAGGUCACUGAGAGGGUUUGGCUUUGGCAGCAGUGGAAGUAGCUCUGGUCGCUCCGGAUGGAAAUCUGGAGACUGGAUUUGCACAAGGUCAGGGUGCAAUGAGCACAACUUCGCUAGCAGAACGGAAUGUUUCAGAUGUAAUGCUCCAAGGGACUCCAACGAUGACAAGUCUCCAUUUUAAUUCCUCCCAGAAUUUUCAUGCUUUACGGUACUGCUGUACUUUGCUGAAGGAACUGAGAGAAGAAACAUGAUUCCCAUAUGAUGACUUGAACUACCUAGCUAGCCCCUAUUGUGUGCCAGAUGAUCACCCUCUAUAUUUUUUUCCUCUUUCAAUUCCCUUUUCCUUCCCCCACAUUUCUUUCCAUUGUCUGGAUAUUUCUCCUUGUUAGGGAGCUUAAGUUGAAUUAUGAUGUACCUUAACUAAGCUAAAUCAUUUGGCAUUUUAUGAGUUUUCUUGUGAUAUGAUACGCAUGUAGUACUAUUAAUCUAAUUAAUUGUCUCUUGUUAUCUUGGA